AUGCUCUGCCAGGAGUGGGACGGCGCGCGGGCCGACAUCACCGUCCUGGGCAAGGCCUUGUCUGGCGGCAUGUACCCCGUCAGCGCCGUGCUGGCCGACGACGAAGUCAUGCUCACCAUCGGCCGCGGCCAGCACGGCAGCACAUACGGCGGCAACCCCAUCGCCGCCGCCGUUGGCAAGGCGGCGCUCGAGGUCCUGGUGGACGAGAAGCUCUCAGACAACGCUGAGGCCCUCGGCCGCAUCUUCCGCGCCCGCCUCAGCGCGAUCCCCUCGCCCCGCAUCAAGGCCGUCCGCGGCCGCGGCCUGCUCAACGCGCUCGUGAUUGAGGAGCGCGGCGGCGUCAGCGCGUGGGACGUGUGCAUCAAGCUGCGCGACGCGGGGCUGCUGUCGAAGCCGACGCACGGCGACACGAUCCGGCUGGCGCCGCCGCUGGUGCUGACUGAGGGGCAGCUGCUGGAGGCCGCCGACAUCAUCGAGAAGACGGUGCUUGCCUUGGACGCGUGA